GCACCUGGCGGUGGCCGGCGCGGCUCCCGGAAUCUGGAUCGCCCCAAGACUUCACUGCGCUCUUAGAGCCCUGACUUUGCCUCUGAGCCCUGGCCCCGGACCAGGCCCGCGACCCCGGGAAGCCCCGUUCCCUGAGCCUGAAGCCGGGGAGUUUCCGGAGAGGGCAACGCUGAACAGCCUGUGCCCAGUCCACACCAUGGGAAGGAAAAAAAUCCAGAUCUCUAGAAUUCUAGAUCAACGGAACCGUCAGGUGACAUUUACCAAGCGGAAGUUUGGGCUGAUGAAGAAGGCCUAUGAGCUGAGCGUUCUCUGCGACUGUGAGAUUGCCCUCAUCAUCUUCAACAGUGCCAACCGCCUGUUUCAGUAUGCCAGCACGGACAUGGACCGUGUACUGCUCAAGUAUACCGAGUACAGUGAGCCCCACGAGAGCCGGACCAACACGGACAUCCUCGAGACACUGAAGAGGAAGGGGCUUGGCCUAGAGAGUCAGGAGCUGGAGCUGGAUGAGGGGCUAGUGGAACCUGGGGAGAAGCUGCGGCGUCUUGGGGGUGAUGGGGCUGAUCUAGCCCUGGUGCGACCCAGGUUUUAUUCAGCAACUCCUGCUCUGCCUAGCCCUGACCUGGCAUAUGGGGCGGUGCCUCCCCCAGGGUCUGGACCUGAGCCAUGUGGACUGGGUGAGGCUAGCCCUGGCCAGGGCCGGCCAUCCCCUUUCCGUCCUGCUGCAUCCAAGGCUGGUCCCCCAUCAGGCCGUUCCCCAGGGCCGCUGCCCCCAGUAGGUCUAGGGCACCCACUCUUCUCCCCAGGCAACCUUCCUCGGACACUGGCCAACAAGACCCCUCCCCCUCUAUAUCUGGCCGCUGAUGGACGGAGGCCAGACCUACCUAGUAACCUGACGGGGCCCAGGGUGGGCCUGAAUGCCACGAGAACUCUCUACGGAAGCCUCCCGAGCCCCAGCCCCAUCUCGGCCCAUGGCAACAGUGGCCUCUCCAGUCACGGGCUAGGGGCUUUUCCCUUCCUUUCCUCUAGCCAGGCAGAGUAUGGUCAUGGAGACCCCUCCCCUCACCCGGGCCUCCUCCAGCCCACGGCCCUGGUUCCCUGGCAGCCCCCAAGGGGGGACAAAUCCCCCAGCUCCCAGUCACCCCUUAGUGUCCGCCCCGGCUCCGCCCCCGGUCCGGGUGAGCAGGCUCCAGUGGCCCUGGGAGGUUCUCCGCCAGCCACAGCGCUCAGCAUCAAGUCCGAGCGCGUGUCCCCGGGGGCUGCGCCCCUAGCGGAACGCCCGCCGUCCCGGGACGACUUCACCAAGAGUUACCAGUACCCCGCAGGGGGGCUGGCCCGGCCAGGCCAGCCCCUCCGACGGCUCCACGUGGCUGACAGUUGGCCCAGAUAGGGGAAGGGCCGGCCCCUCCGCCCUAGGGCGACCCACCGGCCACCUCUCCAUGUGCCCCUCCACCCUCCGCACUCCUGCCUCUCUGUGCGUCUGUCUCUACCCGAAGGGGCGAGAUGGAGAAAACUUGCUUCAGGGACCCCUCCCCUCCCCUUCACGCGAAAGGGCUUGGCUGGUGCCACGGUCCACUCCAGCACAGUCCUAGGCACAGAGAAGAGAGAGGGGAAGAAGGGGAAGGGCAGGCGGUGAAGGCCGGUUGGGGGAUCCCUCUGGCAUUUCAUUGAUUCCCCCCCCUCCCCAAGUUCAGGGUAGGGCUGGUUGGAAACGGGGAUUCCGAAUUGGAGUUUUUCCCAGGGCACCAUCCCUUUUGCCCCUCCCUCCAUAAUUCAAGGGCUGCCAGGGGCAGUCCCUAACUGUCCCCUCUAUACUCACUUUGGACUGGGCCUCUGUUGGUCUUCCACUUGCAGGUGCCCCAUCCCCUAUUUCUUCCUGGGGCUGAUGGAGCUCCUCUCUUGUAACCAAUAAAAAAAAAUGCUUGGGAA